CGCUGUACGACUCUUCAUUCGUUGACCAUCGGGUCCAUACACACGGUUCCAUACACACAUGAGACACACACACAACACACACACACCCCGACCGCUGCAAGGCCCCAAUCAACGCAUGAGCCUUGGCGAUUCAUUCUUGGUGCACCAAGACACACCACACCACGACCGACAGACGCUGAGCGCUGCCGCUCCCGGACUGCCUGACGCACGAGCAGGUGUCAGUCAACACAUACAGCGCACACACGCAUACACACACACGGCCAGCGUAGUAGUAGUAUUAUAAUACAGACUGAUGACGACCGAUGGGAUCAUGUCAUCUCGUUUACAGUGUCUAUGCUCUCUCUUAUCCAGCCAACCACACCCACAGCCACAACCACAGAGAGGGUCAAAAAUUGGCCCACACACAGCAUCACACAACACGCAACACACAACACGAUCGAUGUCCUGUCCACAUGAACGAACGAUUCAGUGAGUCCAUCCAUGACGUGACGAAAAAGCGGGCGAGCAGCAAGUGUGUGUGCGUGCUGACGUGACACGACGGACGAAGAAAUAUGAGCAGCGAGUAGUAGUAGGUAGGUUGAUGCGGCAAAAAGAGGAGCGCCGAGACAUCCACACACACCACACGCACGGCAUGCACGCGAACAUAUACCCCGCUCCCUGACUAACCCCCCUUCCCUCCCACAGGUACCUGCCCAAGAAAUUUGUGGAUCAGAUCCGUCCCUUUUUCGCCCCUGCGCCCUCUGUGUUUGGAGAGGCGGCUGUGCGUCUGUCUGUCUAGACGAGACCACGGCAACACGGCGGGCAAGGGACACCGAACACAAAAACCCCAGCGGUGAGACAGGAAGACACGCAGAGUGUCACGACGGAUGGCGGCAGGAUGACACAAAUGAGAGCCGAGACAGAAAGAGAGAGAAGGAGAGGAAAGCAGAAGAAGGCGAAUUCGGGAGGGAGUAGGUGUGCGUGUGGGUGAGUGGAUGAGGGUGCUACAUGCAGUGGAUGGCAUGGGAUCCGUGGCGUGCAGUGAGUCAAAUCAAAAGGACGGACGUGUCCAGACGAAAGAUGCAUGAAUGAGCAUUAUGGAUGGUCACACAGACAAACAAACGGGAGCGACAUUUGCACUCACCACUGGCUGCCUGACCGGCUGACCGACCGACCGUCCCGCCGCGCCCCCGCCAUUGCCCUCACAACAGAGUGCGUGUCACUCUGCCUCCGAGCAUGGCGAAGGGCUGCGUAUGGCCGGCCGGCCAGCCAUGCAGCCAGUGCUUAUCGACAGGGUGCUAUCGACACAGAUCGAGAGGGGUGUGCCACCAAGACACUUACAGGCGAGCGACAGAGUAGACAGGCGGCAAAGAUGAACAGAGAGAGAGAGCGAGAGAGAGCGCGAAAGAGAGAGAGCGUAACGACUGUGUGCACGGAGCCAACACAACACAACACAACACAAGACAGCACGACGACAUGAGACGAGACGACACGAGACAACGGACAGCAAACAACCACAUGGAUGAACCAAACACCAGUCCACCAAAAAACUCCCCCCAUCACCCACACACACACACACCACCCCUCCCUCCCUCCCUCAGGCAAACCUCCUUCUCGGCUGCAGGUGCAGCGACCGCCCAGCCAGCUCCUGCAGAAUCAGCAGCGUCUCCUUCCCGCUCGACCCCAGCAAGUCGCUGUUCUCCUCGGCGCGCCGCAGGAGGUACGGCAGCACCUCCUUGAUGGGCCCGUAGGGCACGUACUUGUAUGCGGCGAAGCCCGAGGCGCCCAGCUUGAAAGUGAUGUGGUCACACAUGCCCAGCAGCUGUGCGAAGGCCACACGAGGGGAGGUGGGGGAGAGGCCGCGGAGGUGCAGGCCUGCCACGGCCUUCUUGAUCGACUGCUCGUUGUGCGUGCCUGCAGGUGAAGAGAAGAACAAACGGCGCGACAGACAGUGCUUUUGUCGGGAUCUUCUGCCUGUCCUGUGUGCAUUUCCGUCACGCACCGAGGACGACUUCGAUGCGAUGCAGGCUGUCGAGGAUGUGGGCGACACACCCGUCAUAAGAGGCGUGUGUGUCCUCGAGUGAGCGACAGAUGGGGUCCUCGUAGCCCUUCUCCGCGGCAAGCCGCCGCUCCUGGUACAUGUAGGCGCCCCGCACCAGCUUCACACCCAGGUGGAAGCCCUCUGCGUGCGCCUGAGCUAUCCCCAGCAGAAGACGCUCCUCGCAUUUCCUGACCGAACGACAGAAAGAUCGAUCGAUGCAGCGUGGUGGGGUGGGUGGAUCCUGUUGGCUCCUUAAGUACUUGAGGUAUCCCUGGUAGGUGUUGUAGACGACCGCCCUCUCCUUGUUGUGGGUGCGCAUGGCCUGGAGGGUCACGUACUCGAUCGCCGGCUGCAUGUACGUCUGCUCCGCGUCGAUCAGCACGCUCACGCUGCCCAGCGCCUCGCACUCGGCCGCCACACGGCCCACACGCUCAACCACCUUCGCCCACUCCUCCCUCUCGGCCUCGCUCAACCCGGCCCCGCCAUAGUGCUCACCACAAGGCCCGAACUCGCCCAUGAACUGCGCGUAGCCGAGCCGACCGUCCUUGGCGACCUUGUCAAAGGCCUCGCCCCACUCGCCCGCACCCCACACCUCUGCCGCUUUCUUGGCGAACGUCACGCGGUCAAGAGAGGCGGUGUUUCUGUCUUCCCCAGUGCUGACGCCGAUGAAGGCGUCGAAGGCGGCCUCCAUGUCCCUGACGACGUCGCUCACCUUGACGAGUAGCUGAGGGGUGGCGAGAGAGGUGAGCUUGACCGCGGCGUAUCCCUUGGCUGUCUGUGCCUGGGAUGCGCGCAGAGCGUCGAUGGUGUGGUGGCAGUUGAUGUCGAGCUCGGCGUUGAUGUCGCUUGGCGACACCGUGGACGAGGGCGAGUGGAGGUCCUUCUCAGCAGCAUAGUCCAGGAUCGACCCCACACCUGCACCCACACACCGAACACACGAUGGCGUGUGCCGUGGUGCCAUUGCCUUCUCCGUCUCAGGCUCAACUCCACUCACUCACCGUGCGAUGACAGCGCCGCCAUGGUGUUGUGGAGGUCGCUGAGCUGCUCGCCUCCGCAGAACUGCUUGAAGAACGUUUGCUUGAGCGCCCAGUCGGUCAGCUGGUCCCCCGCCACUUUCCUGGUGCACCCUAUCAGCUUGCUGGCGUUCUGCACCAGCGGCUUCACCUUGCACAAGUUGAAUAUCGUUGCGCUGCGGGCCAGCUCCAAGGACGACUUGUGCUUGAACGACGUGCUCGUGUCACAGAAGUCGAUGUCACCAUGGUGGUGAGGGGCGGAGUGCCCUGAGUCGCCGGCAGGAAACGGGUGCGGAGCCGAGGGCGAGGGGGAAGCGGUGAAGGUGCUCUGGUGGGAGCGUGGGAGGGCAACGGUGGCGGUGCUGGUGGCUGGUGGGCAUGCCAGGCGGGUGAAGGGUGUCAGUGCUGCUGGGAGGCGUCGCUGAAGCAUCUGCUUGGCCGCAAACACGACUGGCGAACACAGGCUGAAACAGGCGGACGAAGACACCGCUCCUCAACGACGAUCAAAUGCCUACUCAACGCGCAGAGUCCUGUGGCUGUCCGCCUGCCCAGCCGAUGUCCUUCACGUGCCCUUCUC